UCCGACCUCACAGUCAUGGCUUAGACGAAACCCCGCCUUCCUCGAAUCCCUCACGUCACGUCUCCUUUAAUGGCGCGUCUGAGGUCCUCCUUUUCCCACACUCUUCCAGUCAACAUCCAUUCUCUCUCGCCUCUUCUUCUUCCAUUCCCCUAUCGCCUCCCUCACUCCGAUCCACCUUCUCUUACCUUCCUCCUCCAUCGCCAUGGAUCACACCUUGCAAGCUCUCGUCGCUGCCAUCGUUAGCUUCUUCGUUGUCACUCUCAUCUUCGCCGCCAUCAUCCUCGCCUGCAAAAACAACACCAAAACCCAUCCACGGCAUCGUCAAGCCCCUGCCCAGACCCAGCGGGAGCUUUCCUCCAUGGUCGUUGACGGCAGCUGGUCCUUCGACCCCUACGUUCAAAUCAACAUGGACGAGAUCACUAGAGCCACCAAGAAUUUCUCGCCCGACCUCAUCAUCGGCGAUGGCAGCUUCGGUCUCGUCUACAAAGCGCGUCUCUCCAACGGCCUUGUUGUUGCCAUCAAGAAGCUCUCGCCGGAUGCCUUCCAAGGGUUUCGUGAAUUCCGAGCUGAGAUGGAAACCUUAACUAGGCUCCGGCAUCCCAAUAUCGUCAAAAUUCUCGGGUACUGGGCGGCGGGUCCGGAGAGAAUGUUGGUCUACGAGUUCAUCGAGAAAGGGAAUCUCGAUCAAUGGCUUCACGAUCCGACGAACUUUUCGUCUUCUGGAUACGACGACGUUUCAAUGGCGCGAGCCCCAUUGCCGUGGGACCUGAGGUUGAAGAUAAUCAGAGGCGUUGCCAAUGGCCUUUUUUACUUGCAUGGGCUGGACAAGCCCAUUAUUCACAGAGACAUCAAAGCUAGUAAUGUGUUGCUGGACUCUGACUUUGAGGCCCAUAUUGCUGAUUUUGGGCUCGCGAGGAGAAUCGAUACUUCAAACUCUCACGUGUCGACUCAGUUCGCCGGAACCAUGGGGUACAUGCCGCCGGAGUACAGAGAUGGGGUUAAUGUGGCCAACGUGAAGGUGGAUGUCUACAGUUUUGGGGUUUUGAUGCUGGAAAUAGCAACGGGCCGACGGCCCAAUCUGUCUGUGAAGGUUGAGAAGAAGGAUAUUGGGCUUGUGCAAUGGGCCCAUAAAAUGGUGGCCCAGGACUCCGAAAUGGAAAUGGUUGAUCCUAAUAUUUCAAGAGAAGGAUUAAGGGAAGAUAAUGUGAAGGAGUACUUUAGGAUUGCUUGUAUGUGCACAAGUGAACUACAGAAACACAGGCCUGUGAUGCAACAGGUUGUGGAACUGUUCGAGAACAUGGCCGUGUAAGUUUCCGGUCACCGGCGGAUCAGCAGAUGAAUGUUUCCGGAGGCCGGUACAGUGAGAUUCUUAGGGUUGAUGAAAGGGUUUUUAUAUAGCUGCGGAAGCAAUUAAGCAGAUGGGGGAUGAGCUCUUAUGCAGUUGUAUGAAUAUUUAGUAUAUUGAGUUUAGAAAUUGGAAAAUGCUCAAUAUAGGAUGUUUUAUUUUAUUCGUUUGGAUCUAUCUAUAAGUAACGUAAACGUUUAUUUAUUUAUUUAUUUAUUUUUGUUGU